AUGGGUUCAAUUCCUUUAGAAUUGCUACAGUUUCCCGAACAUAUCAUUCAAACGAUAAUUGACGCACUUCCCUUCAAGUUGGUGCUUUGUCUAGCUUCUAACGGCAGUUCUAUAUUCCACAAGCAAUUGGUAAAUCGAGUCUUUAGAACUGUUGAACUUGGCCCUUUUACAUCAAGCAACCGUGCAUUGAAGGUAGAAUGGGAUUCCUCUAUUCUCUGGGAAAGACCCUAUUAUACUAUGCUUAAGGAGAUAGAAGCAAAGUACAUGAACUUUACAAGUAUCAAGAUAUUAGACCUUUUCUUCGAAGAGAACUCAGAAAUCCAUGUCAAUAACCUUAUAGUGCGUGAUACACCAAAUCAAGAGGUCUUGAAUCAAAUACAUCGCUUAACUAAGAAGAUGAAGAGGGUACUGUUAAAGUGCGAGACUGAUUCCACAAAUCAACAAGUUGAUAAAGAACUCAAUCUUCCUGAGGGUCUUUAUGGCUUUUCUUCUAAGUACUUUCCUGACAUGAGAGUAUCAUUUCCUGAAAAUCUUCAGAGGCUUGAACUUGAGGUUUUUGACUCGGUGAGUAUUUUGGAUAAGUUACCUUCAAGAUUGACGCAUCUUCAAUUGUAUUCAGUUGAAGAACUACCAUUAAUAGCACUCCGAGACUUUUGUCUUUUUCCUAGGACCUUGAAACAUUUGGAACUAGGUAAUUGUAUUGAUUUCGGAAAUGAAACAGAGGUUAAGAUAGACUUACCUCUCUCUUUAGAGAGUUUCCAUGUUUCGUCAGAAGUCAACCCCUCUGUGUGUCUAGACAUUUCCCACUUGACGAAUUUGAGAAAAAUGACGGUUAGUUUCUUCGGAGAUUCUGCUCCUAUGUCAAUAUUGAAGUUUCCUAUUCUGAUAGAAGAACUAUCUUUACAAUCAACCAGUUUUCCAUUUGAAACGGAAGUGAUUCUGGGACUAGAAAGAUUGAAACUGUUUGGUCAGUUGGUAUUAUAUCCACUGCAUUGGAUUCCCAGUUGUAAACUCUCACUUCCUGAUUCGGUUGAGAGCAUAUCAAUUGACUGCGGCGGGCACUCUUUUGAGAGUGUUGUUGAAUAUCCAAAAUAUCUAAGGACCAUAUUCUUAACUAGAUGUGGAUCUAUAAACCCUCUUGGAAUACUUGAUAAUCUAAUAGUUUUAUCAAUUGACAAUUCAGAGUUUGCAUACUAUGCUCACCCUAUGGUACAACCCAUCGAGAACAACUGGCGUAACUUGGACAUGUUAGAAUCGCUAAAGGAGUUAUCUAUUAUUGAUAGUAGUAUGGAAAACAUCCCAAAGCUACCUCCCUUUCUUCGUUUCCUUGACCUCCGAUGCAAUGCACUUGAAAAGAUAGACACCCAACUUCCAGACACUCUAGUGGUGAUUAUUGUGUCAAAGAACAAACUAGUUCAGUUUGAUGGAUCGGGUUACAAGCAAUUGAGAAAGUUGGACCUUUCCGAUAAUUUAAUUAGUGAGCUAUCAUACAUCACUUUGAAGUUACCUCCUGGACUACGUGAGUUAUCGCUAAAGGGAAAUCCAAUCACUUGUGUGGCACCUGGGUUUGCAAUCUCAAAAAGUUUGCAACUAGAUAUAAGAGAUGAAAUGCAAUUUGAGGAAGCCAAAAUAUUAAUGCAGCACGGAAAAAACCUUUACGAGAGUAUGGCUUACGAGUGA